AUGAGUUCUCAUUUACUGAAAAAUGGUCAAUUACACUGUAUUUUGUUUAGAUAAAAGGUGAUAAAGUUUAUUGUCUAAAUAAAUAUGGCAAAGAUGAAAUUACAAUUAGGAUGUUAUGGUAAAGCCUUUCUACUUGCUGAAUAAGCCAUGAGUACAUUAGAAAAAGAUCUAAUUGAUAGAUUAAAAAAAAGAGACUCCAAAAUUGAAGAUGCCAUGCUUCUUAUUAAUGGUUAUAUGAUUUUAGCUAAAUCCUAUGAAUUUUCAUAAGAAAAUGAUCUAUAGUACAUUAAUAGUAAAAGCGUUUGGGCAUAAAAAAAUUAAUAAGAUUAAUUUUGUAAAUUCUAUUUAAAUGCAAAAUAAUUAGCAAUUAAAUAUUUAGGAAAUAAUAAUCAAAUCAUUUAAAAAUUACAAUAUUCAUGUUCUCAUCGUAUCUAAAAACCAAAAAGUUCUAAACCAAUUAUAUAAUAAAUUUCUAGAUAAGAAUUCAAUUAAUUAAUAUAAGUAUUGAAAUUAGUAAAAGCAAGAGUCAUUAUCAUUAUAUAACCAGAAAAACCAUUAUACAGAAGAUGUAUAAAGGGAUCUAUUGACACUCAUAAAACUACAUCAACAUAAAAUAGCUAAGUUGAUAUGUCUAAACCAUAUAUAAAAUAAUUUAGAGUAAGAUGUAAAUAAAACAGUAAUCAUGAGAUUAAUUCUUCAGAUGAAACUACUAAAGAGAAAAUGCAAAAUUGUGAUACUCCUAUUUCAUAAUUUAAACAAUUGGAAACUAUUAUUCAAAAGAAAGUUGAAGAAUAAUUGACUAUGAAAUUAAAUACAAAAUAAUUAAAUAAUUUUGAAGAUUAAAAGAAAUUGUAGGAAUAAAAUUAAAAAAUAUCUAAUUUAUAUGAUUAAAUUUAAUAACUUAAAGAAUAACUCAAAGAAAAAGAUUUAUAAUAAGAAUAAUAAAAAAUAUAAAUUGAACUCUUAUAAGCUCAUAAUAAAUAAUAAUCAAUAAAGAAUGUUAAAUGUAUUUAAAGUCCAAUUAAAAAAAAUAACUUUAUAAAAGAAUUCUAAAUAUCAAGUGAAUAAAAAUAAUCUUUAAUUUAAAGUGUCAUUCAAACUAAGAGAACUGAAAUUAAUGAAUUUAAUACUGAAUAAACACCUAUCAAAUUAGUAAAUUCUCUAAUUGGAGAAUUUUAAACUCCUGAAAAUAAAAGUCCUAUUGCUGAAUUUUAAACUAAUAAAAAAAGCACUCCUCCCUUUAGUUUUAGUUUUCAUAAACAUUAAUAAUAAUCUAUUGAUGUACCAUUGACUCCUCCUCCUCCUUCAAAUAUCACUUAAGAUAAUACUCUUGAUUAAUCCUAAUAGUGGCCAUCUCAAAAAUUAUAACAAAUUAGUAUAAUUGAAUUUGAAGAAUCAAUGAAUUUUUCAAUAACUUAUUGUAAAUUAAUUUAUUUAUUAUAGAAUCUAAUUAAGAACAUUAUUCCAUAUAAUUAUAACCUAAUGAAAUCUAUAUGAUUUAAGUAGAAAAUGAAUAAUCCUUUAUAAUUGAAAUAUCUCUUGUUACUAAUAAAGCAAAUCCAAAAUUAGAAGAUUUUUGUAUUUUAAUUUAAGUUAACAUAAAUUCUUAAAGAAUUAGUGAAUUAAUUGAAAUAAGUUCUUUAGCUGACAUGUUAUAACAUACAGUAAAUAAUAUUUGUAUUCCUUAUCCUUUGAAAUACAUAACUUCAUAUAAAUUAUUUAUUUAAUACCUUUUAAUUCCAUUCAUUUAGGUAUAAAUGGAAAACAAUUAAUACAAGAUUGCCUUAUAUUCAAUUCCUUCAGGUCUUUUUAGUAAUUAUUAAUAAAUCAAUUUAUAUGGUGAUCAAUGUGAAUGGUCUAUGUUUUUUAUAGAGAAUUAUAAAUUUAAAUUAGUCAUUUUUUAAAAUAAAAUAAAUAUCUAAGAUUUUGAAAUAAUCUUUGAUUAAAUAUCAUUUGAUGAGUAUUUUGAGUUAUUGAAUAUUGAUUAAUAUAAUUAAUAGGAGAUGUAAAAUAUAUUAAAUACAAUUAAGAAGAUUUAAUAACCUUAAGUUAAUUAUUUCAAAUUGCCAAAUGUAAAAAUAAGAGAUAAAGAUAAAUUAAUAAAUUUUAUACAUAAUUGUCUUAUUUAAAUUGAAAUAUUGAUUAAUGAAUAAAAAUAAAUGGAUAUUAAACAUUAUUUAAAAGAGAAUGUUAUUGCUAUCAAUUUAGAUAUUAUUGAUAAAUGUAAAAUAAGAGCAUCUUUAAUUUAAAGAAUUAAUGGUAGAAUUGAUUUAAUAUUAAAGAAUUUUUAUUAAACUUAUCUGAAUUAAUAAUAAUAAGGAUUUGCUAUUAGUUCUAUUUAAAUAACAGAUGAAUUUAUUUAAGAUAAAUUUCAUAUUGAUUUUUUCACAUUAAAUGAAAGUGAGAAAUAAUUCAUUCUGAGAAAAGUCAGUAAUUAUUUUAAAUUGUAUACAUACAAUAGUUUAUAAGAUGGUAAUGAUUUAGAUUGGAAAAAUGAGAAUCCAAUAUAAUAAAUAGAUUAAAACUUUGGUGGAACACAUAAAAUAAUGAUAGUAGAUUAAUAUAGAACUCCUAUAAAUUUUACUCUAAUAGGUAUUCAAGAUAGACCAGAAUUCAUUAGAAUAGAUAUGUUUGAUACUGAAAAAGUAUAAUAAAAUGGAGUAUUAUUCUUUAUUAAUGAAGAUUAAUGGAGAAAGAGAGAAAUACAAUUAUCUAAUAAGAAAUAAAAAUAAUAAAAAUACAAUAAAGAAUUUGCAAUAUAGGAGAAAUAUUAUUUGAAUCAAGUAUUGUAAGAGAUAGGUUGGAAAGUAAUAGAGAAAUUGAUAAUAAGUAAGAAUUCAAUGUAAAUAAAUUAAGAUGGGAAAAUACAUCGGUUAGAAUAAUUUUUGAAUUAGAAAUCAAUUUAAGAAAAUUGA